AAAGUUUUUUAGUUUUUUAUUUACAUUUGUAUUGUAUAAAAUAGUAUUAUAGCAUAUAUAAAAGUGUGGUCUCUUAUUGUGUAGGAAGAGGAUGGUAAGUUCAUGGAAGAUGUAAUUCCACAUGUUUGGGUUGAAGGUGAUGUGCUUCGAUGGCCACCCAAAGGUCUUUCAGCUGACCUUGCCUCAUCAAAAAAAAUGGUACCAAAAGAUGAUUGGAGGCGCUACUCCAUUAUGAAAAUCAAAUUAACACAUUCUGUCAAGCAAGAAUGCAUGACUUGCAACUACACUACAGCAGCUGAUAGUGGCAAUGACGAAAAUGCAGUUGAAGAAAACAGUGAUCUGAGCGUGUCUUUACCACAACCACCGUCACGUUUUAACUCAAGUGGAAAAGAACGCAAAAAGUGCAAUGCAAAAAGGCCUGUUCUUUCUUCUGAUUCGGAAAGUGAUGAUAGUGAAGUACGCCACAAGUUACCUGGAAAACAAAACAAACCUAAUUUUGAUAUAUCUGUAGAAAGUAAAGAAAGAAUCAAGUUAAUGAAAGAAAAAGAUCAAGAGUUUUUUUACGUUUGUUUUGAUUAUUUUUGCUUUAAAUAUUAUUUGUAA